GGUAGACUUUGCCCUGUAGGUGAACUAACACUACAGGAAGAGUUGCAGGGCAAAUUCUGGGCCGUCACAGCAGAGUUGCCAGGUUUUGGUGGAAUGGAGCAAACUAAAGACAGCAACAAUGGUGGUUAUGGAGCUAACCCUCCUCCGUACAAUCCUCAGGACUAUGGACACAGUUCUUACACAGGCAUGAGCUAUCAGGUAGGGAAUGGGAAUGUUGCAGUGGUCUCCCCUCCUGGCAACUAUGAUAACAUGGUCCAGCCUGAGGAACUGACAGCAGCUGGAGGCAACCAGCAGUACGGUCACGCUCCACCUGACUACUCUCAGGGCAUAGAGGAUAGUAGCUUCAGUGAUGCUGCCAUACGAAGAGGAUUCAUAAGGAAAGUCUACUUGACCUUGAUGAUUCAGCUGCUUGUGACUGUCGGGAUCAUCUGCACUUUUCUUUACUGGUACGAUCUCAGGAGAUGGACAUGGGAAAACUUCUGGUUCACCUACUCCAUGAUGGGAGUGACGAUAGUGCUCAUUGUGGUCUUGUCCUGCUGUGACAACAUCCGCCGUCGAGUCCCCCUCAAUUUCAUCGCCCUGGGCCUGUUUACUGUUGCAGAGGGCCUGAUGCUUGGCUCUGUGGCAGUGUACUUUGAAGCCGAAGCAGUUCUGUGGGCUGUGGGGGCAACAGCGCUGGUGUCCUUCGCCUUGACUCUGUUUGCUAUGCAGUCAAAGUGGGACUUCACCGGAGCAAAUGGGAGCCUGUGGGUGUUUGCCUGGACCAUCUUUUCAUUUGCCAUGCUUUGUGCAAUCCUCCGAUCGCAGUAUCUUUACAUCCUGUACGCCUGCCUGGGAACCUUGCUGUUUUCUUUAUAUUUGGUGUUUGAUACCCAACUUAUCCUGGGUGGGAAACACAGGAAGUAUGAAGUCUCUCCUGAGGAGUACGUGUUUGCUGCACUCAACCUCUAUUUGGACAUUGUCUCCCUGUUCCUCCUGCUGCUGCAGCUCAUCAGGCUCUGCCGCUAACACUCAACCUCCAUGACAAGUCUCCCUACUGUUCAGUACAUCAUGUAUCUAGAUUCACAGCCCACAAACAUCAUACUUACAUAAGCAGAGAUGAAUGUGAUGUGUUUGUAUGCACAGCAAUAUGCUGUGUACAAAAUGUUUUGCUAUAUUUUAGAUUUUUAUACCACACUAGCAUGUAUUUUUACUUAUAAUUCAUGUGUUUAGCUUUAACUCAAGUGCUAAUUUCAAUUUUCUGUGGCAAGAAACUGAAACUUUAAAGUAAAUUCAAAGUGUCUGAUCAAUUACUAGUACUUUGCAGUAAUAUUAUAAUGUGCAAAGUAGUUCAGACAUCCUGUGAUCUGUGCCACAUUGAUACAGUUUUGCUGUUGGGAAGAUCACAUUGUCAUUUGUUCUGUAGUUAAACCAGAAACCAAACCAACUCCAUUAAAGGACAUCAUUCGUCA